AUGUGCUGUAACACUGAUAGAUACCGUAGUUAGCAAAAUGAAUACCUGUUUAAUGAUAUGAGUUAUGAUGAAGCUGGAGUACGCAGAAGACAAGAAUCUUAUUCUACUGCCACUGUUGCUGUUAGGAGUUUCUCAGCUUAAACCGACAUUAAUGGAAUCAAUAGAGAUGGAAAAACUAAAAAGCAGAGUGAAUACAUAGACCAGUAAGGUUCAAAUUAUCUCCAAUCGUCUCAAAACAAUCAACCUUAAAAAUCAGAAUAUUCAAAUUACACAAUUCACAAAAGUGGCCAGAAAUUUGAGUGGGACAAUUAAACUGCUAUGCCUAACUAGUUUGAGUUGCCCGGCUAUUAAGAGCAUGUCAAGUAUUCCUCUUUCAGAAACAAUUCAAUUAAAAUGAACAAUAAUAAUAACAGCACUGGAAAUCACUAAAAUAACUCAGGAAGUCUGGUUGGUUCAAACAAUUUCUUCAAUUAAACUACCAAGUCUUCCCUCAACUAAUUGACUCAAAAUUAAUUGCAUUAUGGCAGCACUUUCGAUGUCAUUCCUGAAACUCCAGAAAACUAUAAACUAGAGUAAGCGUUGAGUAAUGGAAGCCAAUUAGACCUGGACGCAAUCUGA